AGUACUGAAUAACAAGUUUGUUAUUGAUAGCUUGCACGAUGCUUAAUACAUAGCGAAGUAAACUUGUUAACUUUUUGUUCGAGUACAUCGUGUAAAUUUCUUUUAUAUCAUGGCUAUGUUCGAAGUAUUAAGAAAAGAAUAUAGUGAUUACUUGCAAAAAUGUUUUAAAGUACCAGAUAUACAGACAUUUCAAAAGAAAUGCACGGAACGAUGUACAAAUGAUAGUGACAGAAAAGCUGCAAUUGAUCAAGCAUUAAGAGACACUCUUCUUGUGAUUUUAUCAGAGCAAGUGCCAAGCAAUGUUUCGCUUCUCGAGACCUACAUUACAUUCUGCAUCGAGCUAUGCAGAAAGGACUUGGCGACAGCAAGCAUGCCAGUUAUGUUACUUAGCGAUAUAUUUGAUUCCAUGACGCUCGAUAGAUGCGAACAACUUUUUACAUUUGUUGAAAAUAAUGUUGUCGUAUGGAAAGAAGAUCUGUUCUUUAGUGCUUGUAAAAAUAAUUUACUAAGGAUGUGCAAUGACCUGCUGAGACGAUUAUCUCGGUCGCAACAGACUGUAUUUUGCGGCAGAAUUCUUUUAUUCUUAGCCAAGUUUUUUCCUUUCUCCGAACGAUCUGGACUCAAUAUUGUCAGUGAAUUUAAUUUGGAGAAUUAUACUGAGUUUGGAUCUGAAAAAUCAGAAGGAGACGUGUUGGAACAAAUAACUAAAGAUGAUGAUAAAUCUGAGACCAAAGUACCAAUUGAUUAUAAUUUAUAUACAAAAUUUUGGGCACUACAAGAUUUUUUUAGAAAUCCAAAUCAAUGCUAUCACAAAAUUCACUGGAAAGUAUUUUCAGCACAUGCGUCAAGCGUUUUGUCAGCGUUUUCAUCUUUUAAAUUAGAAGAACAACGCAAUUAUCCUGCAACCUCUGUUAAAGUUGAUUCUUCAAUGGAAGGUUCUCAUAAGGAAACCCCUUAUUUUGCAAAAUAUCUAACAAAUCAGAAAUUACUGGAACUACAGCUAUCCGAUUCAAAUUUUAGGCGAUAUGUAUUGCUGCAAUUUCUCAUUCUUUUCCAAUAUCUUAAUAGCACUGUAAAAUUUAAAGCUGAAACGCAUGAGCUGAAGUCGGACCAAAUAGAUUGGGUAAAAGGUACCACAGACCAAGUUUAUGCCUUACUGAUCGAAACACCUCCCGAUGGCCCAACAUUCGCUGAAACUGUAAAAAAUAUAUUAAAACGCGAAGAGCAUUGGAAUGCAUGGAAAAACGAGGGCUGCCCGCCAUUCAAAAAGCCAGCUUCUGAUUCUAAUGCUGAUGCAGAGGAAUUAAAGAAACCAAAAAGGCCAAGACGUAGAAUCGGAGAUGUUAUUAGAGAUGCUCAAGCAGUAGGGAAAUAUCACAUGGGAAAUCCAGAACUCACAAAACUAUGGAAUCUAUGCCCUAAUAAUCUUGAAGCAUGUAAAUCGAAAGACAGAGAUUUCCUUCCAUCUUUAGAGACAUACUUUGAAGAAGCUAUUAUGCAGUUAGAUCCCAAUGCAAUGGUUGAGGAUGAGUACAAGAAAGUAAACGAUGGAAACUUUGGUUGGAGAGCAUUGAGAUUACUAGCCAGACGUAGUCCUCACUUUUUUGUUCAUGGAAAUUACCCUAUUAAUAAACUUCCUGAAUAUCUUGAGACAAUGAUUAAAAAAAUCGCCAAAGAUCGUCCACAAACGCAGUCCGAUAUAAAAUUAGAUACCGAAGAAACGCCGCCGUCAGAGUCGAACGAUCAAGAAUUCACCGAAGAUGUUUUAAAACAAGAUAGUGAACAAGUUGAGUCUGAAAAUACGGAUACGAAGGGGCGAAAACUAACAAAGGUUACGCCUGAAAUGGUGGCAAAAUUAUCAGAUAUUUUAAAAAACGAUUGGAAGAAAUUAGCAACUAAGUUUGGUUAUACGAGUGAAGAGAUCACAUUUUUCCAAGGGAAACCAACACCAUACGAACAAUGCAAAAAUAUGUUGGCAAUUUGGGCAGAAGAAGACGUGGAUGCGUCCAUGGAGAAUUUAGCGUACAUUUUAGAAGGUUUAAAGUUCACAGAAGCACUGGCUGUUUUAAAAUCUUAAUUAUAUUUUUAAAGAUCAUCUAUGUGAAAAUGAAUUUUAA